UAAUUCGAUCGUAAAAACUGAACGUAAAUGGCCUUCUUCAAAUCGUGAAAUAUGUAAAAUGGCCCAUUGGCUUCUUACUAGUUGGCCAAACAGGUUGGUGUGGGCUCAGCAGAAGAUCUAUUCGAGAAAUUGCUCAAUUACCAUUUUUGAGAAACCAUUCCCACAUUUCCCGACGAACAAUCCACACCAUGAACAUCAAGCAUUGGAUUGGUGUUGCUCAGGUUUCGCUUUUUCUUUCCCUCGUCCAAGUAAGUGUCGGGCAAGAUCUGGCCCAGAAUCGAUCUUCCCAAUGCUUAGAAGUCAAGACUGAGCCCGGGAAUUGCUCUCAACAUUCGGAAAAGUGGACUUUUGAUCGACAACCCAGUAACAACAGUGGGGGAGCCUGUGUCAAACUUAUUUAUAGCGGAUGUGGAGCCUCUGAGAACUUAUUUGACACUGAACUUGAGUGCCAGGAGGUCUGCCUUUCUUUGAUGCCAACGCCCAAUUUCGAGGCACAUCCGCAAACCGUCACACCCAUGACGAAAACAACAAUGACAGGCACAGACAAUCCUUCCUCGCUUUCUGAGAAGAAUUGGACAAGAACCACGACCCAUUCCAAUGCCGCCUCGAAAGCGUCGAGUAUGUCGAGUACAAUUGCGUCUCCAGUGAUUCGUUUUUCUCGGAAUGGAGAGGAGGAAACAACUCUCUCGACCUCAUUAACCCCUUCAAACGGGAACACUGAGUUGCGGGCUCUAAACCAACCUGAACUAAUGGGACCCACAUCAACAACCUCCCACAAUGAUUUGUCACAAAGUAAAGCCAAUGACGUCCCAAGAUUUAUCAAGUUGAUAACCAUUUCGGGAGACAUUUCGUACUCGUCCGUACCGGGCUCUGCCCAAGAUCGGAUGACUAAUGGUUCGACGAAUCCCACCGAAAGUGAUCACGACCAAGCUCCAACCACAAUCACAAAAGCAACAAUAAGUAAUGAAAUUAAUCUCGAAGGCAACACUACCGUUGCCGGAGACUUAAUGGAAUCCAUCUCAAACUCCCAAGAAGAGAACGAAAAUCAUGCCAUUUUGACUGCCCCAACCAUUGAUAGCUUGGCUGUAGAGAAUGAUUCCACAAAAACGGCCUCGGAUCAAAUCGAGGCUGAAAACCAGGCCGGAGCUUUGACCAGACACGAGAGAGAAUCCACUCUACAAGAACCCUUGAACGGUACCGGAACUGCCACAACGGAUGAUGAUCUGGUGACCACAGAACAACAAAUGGUCCCUGUGCCUCCGACCACAUUUAGUCAGGAGAGCAAUAAACGUGGACAUGAACCACCAGACGAAACUACCAAGGAUUGGCAACAGCCGCUCCAUUCCGAUUUUGAUAACGAUUUACUUUCUUCAGAGCUCUCCGAAUCGCAAUGCAAUGGUUUAUCUACCUUCGUCGCCAAGAUGUUUUAUCCGUUAUGUCGGCGAAAAUCGUCCGUGUGGACUUUUGAAGACGGUCGAUGCAUGUUUGAUCGUCUAGGUGGAUGCAAAUUCACCUUAAACAUCUUCCAAACCCGACAACUGUGCGAAGAUGCCUGCGUCAACCCAGCAACUUCUCACAGAACCCCAGAAACGUCUUCAAACGUCAAGCCCGAAAGCAACAAUAACCGUAAAGAUGAUGAAGAUCGCCAAGAUCGAGGGGGAUGGGGUCAUGCACUCAUUCAUAAGUAUCAUGCUCACAGAGACACGGAUGCAAAUGAGGUGAGUGAACCCAAAACCAACAUCCAUGUGAGCAUGACAGGCAACACGGAAAACAAUCACAAGGAAAACCAGGCCAUCAGCGCACGUCAAGGCAACACUGACGAUAAUGAUAAUCGCAACUGGCAAGAAAAGCAACUAUAUCAUUACGUGAAUACUGGAGACAAAGAUCCGAGAAAUAUGGGAGCCAUGGGUUUGCCAAAAUUUCCUGCAAGUCAGGAUAGCAUUGCAUCAAAUUCACGCCCCCUCGCUUGGUCUUUCAAUAGCAACACUGAGUCAAGCGCUGCAAUGCAUGACAGACCGGACAAACUGCCCGAGAGUGGCAACAAAUAUGGUGCUGACUUUAGCGAUGAUCAGCAUUCCUCCGUUCAAUCGAGUAGUUUUUCCGAUAAAAAAGGCCGAAUGGAUGACAGGAAAGACUCCAAAGAAAUGUAUGCCGGUAUUGACCAUUGGCCGCCUCAACCUUCAUCCUCAUCACCCAAAGCAAUGAAUUCUGAAAGUAGCGAGGAUAAGCAAAGACCCUCCGAUAACUUGGAUACGCGAAACUCUGUAUAUCGAACAAUGGCAGCCUCCAAAAGACAAGAUACUGAUGUCAUGAAUGGUGGCUACCCAUCCAGGAGUGGCCAGUCUGAAGGGCCGUCAACAUUUGGCAGCCGUGGUCGCCUUGAACAAAACAACUUCAGAGAUGAGAUGGAACCCCAAGGCAAUGUCGGUAUUCACGACGACAAGUUCAGUAAACAAUUUGCACCUUACAAAAGGCUUGAGGAGCCAUAUGAAAGGUUCAACAACAAUGAGUACAAAACACCAUCACGAUAUGGUCAAAGUGGCAAUAAAAAGUGGAGAAUCCAAAGCAAAGACAUGUCGCAACAUAGCAGAGGUCCAACGAGAGACUCUGAAUCCAUUUCCCACCAUCAACCAUUGGAGAGCAUCCGAGGUCAAAAAAAUGGCCAAAAUUUUCAGACUGGCCCAAGUUACGAUGAUGCAAAACCUAAUGGAAGCCAUGAAAAAAAUGGAGAUUCGGGCGAAAAAUACCACGCCAGCUCAAAAUCCGCUGGUUCGUCGCAAGGCAAAGAGGUCAAUGGGGACAACAUUCGAGCUGACGGCAGAGGAAGAAUCCAAAGGUCAGAGGUGUGUGAAGAACCCUGGUCCGAGACCGGCCUUUGUCGGGGCUUUAUCAAGAGUUGGACCUUUGUGAAUGGUCAAUGCGUGGAAUUUAUUUACGGGGGCUGUGGCGCGACCAAGAAUUUCUUCCACACACAAUUAGCUUGUGAAACAGCCUGUCAGCAACAGCAUGAUUGAUGUCGUAUUCUUACCUCGUUCAAACAUGCCGCCAAACAAGCCUCCUUCGUGGACGUAAAGAUCAAAGCCUUGUCGUGACCUUGGAUCAUUGCGUUGGGGACCCGUUCAAAGUUCCACGGUCUCUUACAGACUUUAUCUGGAAAAUAAAAGAUAUAGUAGCUUGUCAAAAA